UCCUGAAGCAGACACAAUCAGCAGGUGAGCCAUGACAGGCUUUAUUCGUGUUGCUGUGGCUGUGCUCAGUCUUCUGUCUGUUGGACAGUCAGCUCCUGUGAGCAGCUGUGAGAGUCUAAUCCAACCUCUUGAAAUCCAGGGAAGAGAGCAGUUGCUGGGCAAGUGGAUGCACGUAGCAGAAAGCACAGAAGACCACAAUACUGGAGUGGUGUUGAAGACUUUUCGGGAAAGCCACUCUCUGAAAAUCACUGCUGCUACUGAGAGUGAUGCUGUUGCUCUCAUGGGCACAGUAAAAGCGUUCGGCUAUUGUGUCACAAACACAGUUAAGAUGACCUUGGGAAACAGCACUCUCCAGCCACGGACUAUCAAUAUUUCACCAACAGUGAACCUACUCAAAACUGGCUGUUCUGACUGUCUUCUGCUCCAAUUUUAUUACCAAAUGACAGGAAGGAACCUCAAAGUUCUUCAGUUACUCAGCAAGAGACAGACUGUGACUGCUGCUGAGCUGGAAGAGUUUAAGAAGCAGGCCGAAUGUCUUAACUUUGCACAGCCUUUUAGCCUGGCACAAGAUGAAGGUGUUUGCCCUGAGCCUCAAGAAACAGAGAUUAUAGAUGUGCCACGUUAUUUUGUCAAUGGACAGAUGUCCGAUUUAACAAACGCAACUGAAGAGAUUACCAAGAGUGUAGGUGGGGCAGAAAACUUUCUUAAAAUGGUCUCUGACGUACUUUCAAAGAACUAAUGCACAGAAACUGUGUGAAUAAAUAAGAAACUAAAUGAAUUGGA